AUGGUCGCAAUGAUUGUUCAGUGCACGCGCACGAAGUAUGCUCAUAGCUUGAUACUUCUCGUUGCUACCGCUCUGAUCAUCUUCGCCAGUGUGGUAUCACACUCUGCGAGUCUAAAGACAAUCCGCGUCGAUAUUGAGACGUCUGAUCGUACUCGUUCAGCGGAUCCCCCGAAAAGUCUAGCCAACCGGCAGCUCAAUACGAUAGCUACCGACAGCAAGGAAGACGAAGAUAGAGUAAACUUUGGCAUCAACAAGAUAAAAGAUUUUGGAGCGAAAAAACUGCAGAAGCUCACAGAGGGCGUGCAGACAAAGUUCCAGCAACAACAGCUAAACCGGUGGGAGGCUGAAGGAAAAACUUCUGAUGGGGUGUUCAAGCUUCUAAAACUUGAUGCAGAAGGUACCAAUAUUUUGAGAAGCCCGGAGCUCAGUACGUGGAUGGCUUUCGUCUCGAAGCAGGGCAAGGACCCCUACGACUUUCUGCUUUUCAAGCUAAGGCGACGCUAUGACGAUGUAGAUCUAGCGAAAAUGCUAGUUUUAUCAAAGAACGAUGCUAAUUCGAAAGCAAUCGCCGAGAAAUUGGAGACCUUGCAGCUUGAGAAAUGGAUGACCGAUAAAAAAUCAAUCAUCGACGUGUUCCGGCUUCUCAAGUUAAACGAAGAAGGGGUUACGCUUCUGAAAAGUCCAAUGUUGAGCAUUUGGGUUUCUUACGCGGAGAAGCUGAAUAAGGACCCAUAUGAGCUGCUGUUCCUGGCGAUCAAGUCGACAAGCUUUGAUGAAGCGAAACUAGCCAAGAUGAUUGGUUCUGCGAAGGGCGACAUUCAAACCGGGUUUAUUGCCAAGAAAAUGGAGCAACUCCAGCUCGAUAAAUGGUCGGCUGCUGGAAAAAGUGGUGAUGAUGUCUUCAAGAGUAUCGGACUCGACAAAGAAGGAGGCAAGUUGUUUGAGAGUCCAGCGUGGAACACUUGGGUUGCUUAUCUAAACAUGCAGGGAAAUAACGCAGACGAGAUAAUAUUCUCCGUGCUGAGGAAACAACUUGGAGAUGUCGGCUUGACAAAUGCUUUUGCGAGGGCGAACGGAGCCAACAGUAGGCUUACCAAAGACGUCGCGACAAGACUGGAAAUGGAUAUAUGGAGGAUGAAUGGACACACCUCAGACGACAUGUUCAAGAUUCUUAAAUUGAACGAGAAGGGCGACAAAGUGUUCGAAAGUCCGGGGUUUACCACCUGGGUGGCUUAUGUGCUCAAGUUGGACGGCUACAAGAAGACCCCAGAUGAGUUUGCGCCUAUCAGGCAGCUGGAAAGACAUUUUGGCGACGCUACUCUCGCACGAAUGCUAGCCAAUUCGAAACGCCGAGCUUCUUCAGCGAAAACGAAAGAGUAUAUCAAGGAUUUACAGGAUUGGCAAUUCGAGAAGUGGGUGGUUGAGGAGACAAGCCCCAACGUACUGAGUCAAUUGCUACGUAAGAAACUACUGGGCGUCGAUAGAGUGAGGAGCGAUUUCCGUAAUUUCCUCAAGCACAAUCCUGAGCUUUCUGGUUAG